ACUACUCCCAUGUGGUAAAGUAGCUCUUUCACUUUUCAAAAAUUUAAAUGAAACUCUAGCGAAAUGCUGCGAAAAUCAAAGAAACAGCCCCAAACGGUGGCCGAAAAGGUGGGCAAACUGCUUUCCCAUCCGAACGAGAGCGACAGUGCGGAGGACUCGGACUUCGACGUGGCAACCGGUGCCCGUCUGGUGGAUUUCGAGGAGGAGGAGUACGACCUGCCGGAUGCGCGGAGCACCGACUUCAGGAAGCGGAAUGUGAAGCUGCUGUCGGAGCAGAGUGAUCGGUACAAGGGCAAGAUUAGCAGUCGCAAGGAGCUGGACGAGGAGGAUGAGGACCAGGAGCUGUCCUAUGAGGAAAGCGACGAGGACGAAGAUGAUGAGGGGGAUUUGGCAGACUUUAAAAACAAGUUGAAGGCUGGAGAAGACGAAGAUUCAGAGGAGGAAACUGCUCCUGGAGAUGCCGAAGAUGAUCCUGUGCCCGACUUUAAUCAGAAAUUGCUGGCUGGUCAUUUUGAUGAUGAUGAAGAGGAGGAUGAUGACUCUGAUUCCGAUGAAUCCGGCGAAGACAACAGUGAAGGAGAGGACUCUAAUGAAGAUGCCGAGGAAGAGGCCAUCAAACCCACGGAUGUGAUGUCCAAAACCAACCACCAGGCUGAAAUCCAAAAGGGACUGUGCGUCCAAAACCAACUGGGCAUUUGGGAGCGACUCCUCGAGCUUAGGAUCAACACCCAGAAGUUCACCAGCAAGGCGAAUCAGCUGCCAGCGCCGGAGGCCAUAAAGCAACUGGGCUCCCAGAAUGAUGAACUGCAAACGGUGCUAAACGAGGCCCAGGAGCGUUCCUCCAAGCUGCUGCAGCAACUGCUGGCCCUGCAGUCGGUCCUCCACCAGCAGAACUCCGAGAUGAAGAAGUCGGUGAAGCGCAAGCAGCCUUCAGAGGAUUCAGAGGCGGGUCCACCCGCCAAAAGGUUUGGCUCUGUGCUGCACCACAACUUCCAGCAGAUGAGGGGAUAUCGCAAUGAAGUGCUGCUCAAGUGGGAUGAUCGCACCAAGCUCCUCACACCAGGAGCGGGUGUCAAACGCAAGUCCCUGCAGGAGGACUACGACAUCAUCAAGAAGAUCGACAGCGCCUUGGCCAACCGGGAAGUGCUGGUGGAGAAGUCGCAGACGCCGAAGGGCAAUCAGGCGGAAAACCAGCAGGAAAACGAGCCGGCGCCGCGAUUGAAGCACAUCUACGACGACAGCGACUUCUAUCACCAGCAGCUCCGCGAGCUCAUCGAGUACAAGGCCAGCACCUCGUCCAACAUGAGCGAGAUCACCAAACAGUUCGUGGAGCUGCAGAAGCUGCGCCAGAAGAUGAAGAAGAAGGUGGACACCAGGGCCAGCAAGGGCAGAAAGCUGCGAUACGUGGUGCACAACAAACUCAUCAAUUUUAUGGCGCCCAAUGAAAUCAGCGACUGGACGGAGAGCUCCAAAUCCGAGUUGUACAAAUCGUUGUUUGUCUAAAGAAAAUAUAA